AUGAGGCAGUACAUAGAGCAGCAUGUCAUGAAAGACUCCAAAUUUCAUGAGAAGCAAAGAUCGCCAGAAGAAGCAUCGACAAAGGAGAAAUACGUUUUGCUUCACGAACUUAGCAAGCCGGACGAGACACCACUGGGAGUCUACUUUGUAUUUUGUUCUUCACGCUUACUAGGUGAAGUCAUAUCUGGCUACAAUUCCGAUCUGAGGUAG